UUCUCUUCCUUCUUCCCUGACGCAUUUGAAACCCUGCCCAUUUGCCGUCUUUCAGCUUCCAUUUUCUUUCACUCCCUCAGACCCCGCACCCGCACCAAGCUUCGUCGUCUCGAAAUCAUGUCGAAGAGGAGGACAAGGGAACCAAAGGAAGAGAACGUGACCCUCGGCCCUGCUGUGAGGGACGGAGAGCAAGUUUUUGGGGUUGCCCACAUUUUUGCUUCAUUCAAUGACACCUUUAUUCAUGUUACUGAUUUGUCUGGAAGAGAGACUUUGGUCCGUAUCACUGGUGGCAUGAAAGUGAAGGCUGAUAGAGAUGAAUCAUCCCCAUAUGCCGCUAUGCUUGCAGCACAAGAUAUUGCUCAAAGAUGCAAGGAACUUGGCAUCACUGCCCUUCAUAUUAAGCUCCGAGCCACUGGUGGUAACAAGACAAAGACUCCAGGGCCUGGUGCUCAGUCUGCUCUUCGUGCCCUUGCUCGUUCUGGAAUGAAAAUUGGUCGUAUAGAGGAUGCGACUCCAAUUCCUACUGAUAGCACUCGCAGAAAGGGUGGUAGAAGGGGAAGAAGGCUGUAAAGCUUUGUACUGUGAUAAGAGCAAAACUUGUCAUUUCUGCAGUAACCGUCACCCUCGUUUUUAAUGGUGCUGCAGUAACUUUGAGCAUGACAGAAUUUUGAUUGUGAAAUAGGCGAGACCAAAUUAUUUUUAGAUAUUGUUAGUUGCUUCGAUCAUGGACAUCAUCUCUCCUGCACUUAUUCUAUAUUUUUUUUUUCGUUUUGCAUUGCUCAGAAAUUAAAGUA